CGACGUUCCGCGAGGAACUUUUCCUCCUUGCAUCUCCGGCGAGUGGUUAAACGAGCGCAACGCGUUGUAUACACUCGCUCGGGAAGGGAAGAUCAUCUUCGAUCUUCAAGGUCGACUGCAUGCGGCUCGAGACCUUCUCGAGCAGGCGUCGGAUCCAACCGUGGCGGCGAAUUCGUUCGACUGUUUUCUUCGUCCUGCAUCUGUUCCCCUUUCGUAUUCUCCUACCUUCAAACUACACCUUUUCCAAUCCUCUUCGUUCAUACGACGCGUUGAAUCGCCGAUUUCCAAGACAUGUCGACCGGUCGUAGUUUCCCCUUCAACGCGGUAGAUGAACAGGAACCGAUUGAUUUCGAGGAUUUCAGUAAGUACGAAUUGGACAGUUGGGCGGAAGGAAAUGAAGAAGAGGAAGAAGGAGAAGAAAGAGGGGAAAGAGGAAAAUCUACGGACGAAGAUUCUACCGAGUGGAAUGUGGUCGCAAAAUGGAGUGACGAGGGUGAAAGUUACCAUGAGGGGGAGGAAGUAGGUGAAGCAGAGGAGUUAUUUUCCUCGACGAUUUCUAGCUCGGAAAAGUUGGAAGAGGAAAGGCCAGUAAUAGAGGACUCGGUGAUACCCGCAGAGGUUUCCGCUGAUCGCGAAGCGAUUAUCAACAGGUUGAAAGAGUUACAAGACGAGCUGAGUGAACUGCGAAGGAAAAACAAGAUGCUAGAGCUUUGGAUCUUUCGACAGAUGAAGAAGACCCAAGAAAGAAUAACACCGUCGGAUCUGAAUAAAACCAUCGAGCAGAUGGAAGAAGUGUACAAGGAAGCAUUGCGAGCGUACAAAAUGCAAAUCGACGAAAUAUCAUCGCAGCAGGCUGAGCUCAAAUCGGAGUUCGAGGAUUACUUGAAGAGGAUGCAAACGAUCAGGGAGGAGGAACAGCAAGCCUUCGACGCGUUUUUGAACCGUGAAAAGGAGGUGGCGAUCGACUUGGUUUUCGAAAAAACAGGCAAGAAGAUCACGGAGAAGAUGAUGAACGGUCUGAUGCGUCGUCAGACAGCGCGUCGCAUAGUAUUGGCACGGGAUCGUAUGAGGUACGUGUUUCUUCAGCAUCGUCUGGAAGAUCUGAAGGUACGGCUGAGAGUGGCGGAAACACUCGGAGAAGGAAUGACCACGAUGGACUACGAGGCGCUUCACGUGGCCAAUAUGGGCUACAAGAACAGGCUGGACGAACGAGAUCACGAAUUAGAAAAACUACGUAUCAAAAUCGCUGAGACGGUGAACGGAGUGGCUCAGUACAAAGAAAAGGAGAUAUGCAUCGUUGAAGAUAUUGAAUACGGCAAACAAAAUCUGAAUAUGUGUCGCGAAGCUAGCACCAAUAUUCGAGAACGGGUGAACAGAGCUCGAUUGACGUUAAACGAUGUACGAUCCACUUUAAACGAGAAGAAACUCGAAGCGGGCUUGCUAGUUGCUAAGCAAGAACUGCUCGAGAUGGAGAAAAUGAUGAAACUGAAAGGUUUAUUGAAGGAAAAAAUCAACGAGUUGCAGAGAGAAGUUCAACGAUACGAGGUGGCCAAGCAUAAGCUGCAGGAAGAAAUCGGGGCAUCGCGGCAGCACUGAUGAAAUCUACGCCGUGAGGAUUUUGUGACACGAUAUUGCGAAGCAACGGGUUGAACAAAUUGAUGUGAACGUGGACUAUCCACGUCGGGGGAAAAGUCACGAUAUUUAUUAUAAAAUUCAAUCCGGUCGUGUAAUUUGUUACAAUGUA